UUGUAUUUGGUACUCCCGGCAAAUCCCCUCCCCUGUAUGUUCACAAAACAGAAUUCCCCUGUUUUUCAUUCUCACACUGCGAUGAUUCAAAAGUCCAAUCGGAGUGAUCGCCGGGCUUUGACAUUUCCGGCGGUUCACCCAUGCGAAGGUGUAUCCCUAGAGACCCUUCUCAGCUCCUUAAUCACUCUCUCUAAAGACAUAUGCAAUCACCAAUCGAAACUAUUUCUGACGCAAAGAAGAAAUGCCAGAGAAACAGUUCGCCAAAUCGGGAUUCUUCUUGUGUACUUUGAGGAAAUAAGAGACCGCGGUUUAACUCUAUCGGAUUCGUUUGUUCUCUGCUUCUCCGAGCUCCACCUUUCAUUCCAGAAAAUCCAGUUCUUAUUGGAGGAUUGUAGGCGGGAAGGCGCUCGGCUUUGGAUGCUAAUGAAGUCUGAGCACGUUGCUACGCAAUUCCGGGUGCAAAUACGGGCUGUCGCUACGGCUCUUGACGUCAUGCCGUUGAGUUUGAUCGAUGUGGGUGGCGAAGUGAAGGAAUUGGUUGAAUUGGUAGCUAGGCAAGCACGCAAGACCAAGUUUGAGCUCGACCCAGAUGACGAACGGGCCUCAAGACGAGUCAUUUUCAUAUUGAAUCAGCUCGAGAAGGGGAUCGAGCCGGAUUUAAUUGCUGUAAAGAGGGUUCUGGAUUAUCUUGAAAUUCGAAGCUGGAGUGAUUGCAACAAAGAGAUCAAGUUCUUGGAAGAGGAGAACGAUUUCGAGUGCUCCGACGGCGACGAGCGCGAGUCUCCAUUUCUGAGCAGCUUGGUGGGGUUGAUGAGCUUCUGCAGGGGAGUGAUGUUUGAAGCAUUGGAUCGCCGAAACCCCGAAGAACAAACCGAUGCGAGGUGCAACGUGGAGACACUGAGUUGCUUGAAUCCGCAUGACUUUCGGUGCCCAAUUUCGCUCGAGCUAAUGACCGAUCCCGUCACUGUAUCGACCGGCCAGACCUACGACCGUUCUUCGAUUGAGAAAUGGCUGAGAGCUGGAAACAUGCUCUGUCCCAAAACAGGGGAGAAGCUAAUCAGAGCAGAGUUGGUCCCCAAUUCCACACUCCGAAAGCUUAUCCAGCAGUUUUGCGUUAACAAUGGCAUUUCGCCUACCAAGUCCGGAAGCCGGAGUCGGAGGACUACUGUUCCAGCUAAUCCGGCGGCCACAGAAGCUAUGAGAUUUCUUUCCAAAUUUCUCUCCACGAGGCUGGUUUGUGGAACAGCUGAACAGAAAAACAAGGCGGCUUUUGAGAUUCGUUUGCUCACAAAAUCGAACAUUUUCAAUCGGUCUUGUUUGGUCGAAGCAGGCACAAUCCCGCCUCUGUUAAACCUUCUGUCUUCGACCAGUACGUCAAUGCAAGAGAACGCCAUUGCAGCCUUAUUGAAGCUCUCAAAGCAUACUACGGGCAAGAAAGUGAUCGUUGAAAGUGGGGGAUUGAGUUUGAUUCUCAAUGUUCUUAGGAGGGGGCUGAGCUUGGAAGCGAGGCAAGUAGCAGCAGCAACAUUGUUCUAUCUUUCUUCAGUAAAGGAGUAUCGGAAAAUGAUCGGAGAACGACCGGAGGCCAUCCCGGGUUUAGUGGAGCUUAUCAAGGGCGGUGCAACUUGCGGGAAAAAGAAUUCCGUGGUCGCCAUUUUCGGACUUCUUCUCUAUCCCAAGAACCAUCAGAGAGUGCUUGAAGCUGGCGCUGUCCCAUUGCUGGCUGAUAUUUUAGCCUCUUCAGACAAUGCUGAGCUCAUAGGAGACACCUUAGCAGUUCUUGCUUCACUGGCUGAGAAUGCCGACGGAACACACUCUAUUCUCCAAAUUACCUCGUCUUUGCCUCUACUUAUCACUAGGAUUAUGCGGUCUUCCACAUCGGGGCACGCGAAAGAGUACUGUGUUUCGAUUUUGCUAUCUCUGUGCAUCAAUGGCGGCGUAGAAGUCGUCGCAGUUUUAGCCAAGGACCGCUCGCUGAUGGCUCCGCUGUAUUCACUCUCAACCGAUUUCACCUCUCACGCAAGCAAGAAGGCACGUUCGCUCCUCAAAAUUCUUCAUGGUUUUCAUGAGACAACCACGUCUUCUGGAUUGAUGUCUUCGGCCGUUUCCCAUGAAAGAUUUGUUCACGUGUAGUAGACUGCCCCUUGUAAAUACACACAUGCAGGUGUAUGCAUGAAUAUUUUAAUUUUUCUUUUUGGUCUUGUCAUUUUAACGCUAUGAAAUUAGCUCAGUUUUUUCAAGAGCUAAUUUAUAUCUCAGCGUUUGCUUCUGUUCAUAUAUACAUGUACUUCGAUUUUUUUGUAAUGAUAAAUAAAUGGUGUGAGAAAUAGAUAAGGAAUUUA